GGACAAAGGUGCUUCAAGAUUAGUCCGUUCUCAGACCUCGUCGUAGUACCAUCAUGGCAAACAAACCCGAUAUCUACGCUGGAAUUGAUUUCGAUGAACUCAACGAAGUCACCGGGCUUGAGUCCGAUGAGAUCAAGUGCCUGAAAACCUGCUUUGAUCUUUUUGAUGCCAAGAAGCAGGAAUUUCUCUCUGCUGAUGAUUUGGACGAGAUUCUUCGUGCAAUGGGGUUCAGACCAAGCAAGGAGGAACUUAUGGAGAUUCUAGCUGAGAUUGAUGAAGACGGUUCCGGAGAGAUAGAGUUUGGUGAAUUCUGCCAGCUCUGCGCCAAGUUUCUUGUUGAAGAUCCUGAUAUUGAAACUAUGAAGAGAGAACUGAAGGACGCUUUCAGGAUCUACGACAAGGCUGGGGAGGGAUUCAUCACCAUGGAUACUCUUAGGGGACUCAUUUCAGAACUCCUCGCUCCCCUCACUGAUGACGAACUGGACGGUAUUAUUGAAGAGCUUGAUGAAGACGGAUCUGGAACUAUGGACUUUGAUGAGUUCUGCGAGAUGAUGAUGAGCGCACCACAGAACUAGAUCAUCAUCAUCAUCAUCUUCAUCAUCAUCAUCGUUGUUUGAUGAUGACACAUCUGUGUAACGCUGUGAGUGAUCAACUUGGUUUGUUAUCGAAUAUUCAUCCUUCUAUUGCAUAAUGUAUUUUUUUAUUAAUAAAUUAUUAUAGUUCUUGUUAAGUUACCCCUCA